UACGUCGGAUUAAGAUUAUUUAUUUAUGAGAAUUAAGCUACUACACCCACACUUACACAAAAACUUUUGAUAAGUCGAAAUAUUAACGAACCAGUACCAGCUGAACCUAUACGAAAAUAUCAAGAUCGGACUAUCAGUUUAUCUGAUAAUACGUUACAUUCAUAUUGAUUUCCGUUUAUAUACAUAUGACACAGCGAAUAAGAGACUUAUCAGUUUUUAGCAAUUAUGUAUGUAACAUAAUAUUGAGGUUUAAACAGUCUUAAGCGAUUCCCAUUUGUUGAAGUGUGUAACAGAUCAAGUAAACAAGUAAAAGAUUGAUAAUAAUAAAUUAUAAAAAAAUAUGCAAGUGUAAUCGAUAUAUAAAAAAUUGUGUAAAUAUACAAUUGUUUUAGUUACAAGUAAACAAAUAAAUAACAACUGUGUUGCAAUACCGAAUAUACACUUCCGAUUUGUAUCAAUAAAAUGUAUUCAUAUUAACGAAAUAAGUUGCACACAAACUUGAUCGGGAUUAAGUGAUUUCGCUAAAUACCAAUACAUAUCAAGCAAUGUUAAUCACUAAAAUUUCUUUACAUACACUACUAAAAUAUACUAUUCUAAUUGUCAUCCUUCCGUUAUAUUAUGCAGCAGUAUGCAGUAUGAAGAAAUGUCAACGGGCAACCAAUGCUACAGAACUCGUAAUAGCAUUUAAUGAUAAUGGCCAAAUCAUAAUUAAAGAAUCUACUGAUUUCGAUUACGAUACUGAUUGCAUUGCUCAUUGUGCGAAAAAUCUUACACUGCAAAGCAUAAUCGUAUAUUCCUGCAGGAGCUUUAAUGGCAAUACUUUAACCGUUAUUCGGCAUAAUGUGCUUUUCGAUUUACCUUCAAUCAUUAAUAAAAAUCGAAUUUUCAUUGAUUUUUAUGAUGUGAAGCACAAAGUCAGCAUUCACAACUUGGUACUAAAAGACAACAUCAUACAAUAUCUAAAUGAGGACACAUUUGAAAACAUUGACGGAUUAAAAAAUCUUAUAAUAAAGAAAAAUAAUGUGCGUUUGGAUAAAAGCAGAUUAUAUACAUGGCAUUAUUUAUUUCGGAAAUUGGAAAAUUUAACGGGAUUGUAUGUCGAAGAAAACAGUAGUCAAUUUAACAAUUUACUUUGGCGGUAUCAUAAUGAUACAAAUAAUGUAUCUGCAUUACCAAAUUUGAGAACUCUCAGUUUUCAAGGAACAUAUUUCGAUGAAUUAACUACAGAAACGUUUAAAUGGUUAGAAAGUUCUUCUGUGAAAACUUUAAACAUGAAAUUUACUAAUAUUUCGACCGUUAAAGCAGGAGCUUUCAAAUUCUUUGAAAAAUCAUUACGAAAUCUGGAUUUGUCAUCAGCAGCCAUAUCGUUAAAAGAUUUAAUAACACUAAUGGAGAGUCUGCAAAGUUCUGAGGAAACAUCAAAUUUGACAAUAUUGAGUCUCGCUAAUUUGAAUCUUAAAGAAGUUCCUUACGACGUACUGAAGCCUGUACAGUAUUCCUUAGAAGCUUUAUCUCUAUUUGGAAAUAAUUUUAAUGACAACAAUGAAAAUCAGAACACAAAUGUUGAAAUGAAAUCAGCUCUGCUGGGCACGAAACGUGAAAUUACCCCAGAAUCUGCUAAAACAACAGAAGAAACAGAAGUAAUAUCGUCAGUGUUUCCCGACAUGCCAAUGCUUUACGAAUUAGAUUUACGAAAGUGCAAUAUCACGCACAUUCAAAAAGAAUUUUUUUAUAAUCUAGGAAAUUUGAAAAAGCUUCAUAUGUCCUUCAACAAUAUUUUGAUUUUGCCAUCGAAUAUCUUUUACGUCCUUAAUCAUUUGACUGUACUCGAUAUAAGUUACAACAGACACUGUGAAUUUGAUAAUCCCUAUCGAGACGCUAUGACUCUUGAGAGCGAGUCCUUUGCAGGACUUAAUUCCUUAAAAUAUUUGAACCUCACGGAAUCUAAAAUUAAGUGGGAAUCUUCUAUUUUCUUGAGUAAUUUACCGUCAACUUUAUUAAAAUUGUCUCUGUGCCGAAGUUCAUUGAUGUACCUGACCGAAAAUAUCUUUGACAACUUGACUCAACUGAUGGUGUUAGAUAUUUCGUAUAAUACUGCACUGGGUCCUUACAUCACUCACAGACAAUUUUUAAACUUGAAACAGUUGCAAGAAUUGCACAUGGCAGGAGUUGGUCUCCGAAAUAUAUCGAUGGUGACAAGUUUGACAUCAUUGAAAACACUGAAUAUUCGAUGCAACAAUAUUGUCAACUUAGAAAAUGUAUUUCACGCAUUUACAAAACUGCAAUACUUGGACGUAAGCUGGAAUUUUCUGACAUCUUGGGACGAGAUAAUUUUUACAAAUAAUAUAAACCUGAAAAUUGUUUUUUUACAUUCAAAUUCACUUAACGUUAUUACCGACGCCAUGCUGCUCGAUAUGAAGACACUUCAUUAUUUAAGUCUGGGAAACAAUCAACUUAUAUGCAACUGUAAUCUUAAGAAGUUAAUGGAAUAUGUGAGACUUGAAAAUGACGCGUCAUUUGAGACAAGAUGGGAAUCAUAUUCUGCAAUCAAUAACAACACGACCUCUUUAAUUGUGGUAGACUAUCAUCAGCCAACUACUUAUCUUUGCUUCGAUACAAGUAGCUCUGAGAUAAUAGUAUUCACGAAUACUAGUGAAUUCUGUACAGUCCAGGAUAUGAAUAAAUUCUUCCCAGCACUGGGUUAUGCAGUAUAUACCACUCUCUUCCUAGUCAUUGCUAUAUUAUUAGUGAGCGGUCUCAUAUACUGGAAAUGGUGGUACAUCAGGUACUAUGCGGUCACAAUAAAAAAUGCUACGGUUUUUGGUUAUAUAAAUUCUAACCGCACCGAGGAUAGAAUAUAUGUCUAUGACGUUUUCGUCAGUUACAGCGAUGAGAACAGAAACUGGGUAAUUCAAGAAUUGUUACCGAAUAUCGAAGAUAGUACAAGCAUAAAAAUUUGUCUUCAUGAACGUGAUUUUCAGGUGGGAGUGAGUAUACUUGAAAACAUAAUAAGUGGAAUGGACCUUAGUAGAAUGUUUCUACUGGUAAUAAGCGACUCGUUCCUGAAGUCACAGUGGUGUCAAUUCGAAAUGUACUUGGCCCAGCAUAGACUUUUGGAAAUGUGCAGGGAUUGUUUAAUCCUUGUUUUACUGGAGGAGAUACCGAAAAACAUGCGGCCAAAAAUACUUCAGUAUUUGAUGAUUACUAAGACUUAUAUAGUCUGGCCCAAGAACGGUAAUGACAAUUGUGCUAAAAAGAUAUUUUGGCAAAGAUUAAAAAAGGCCCUGUGUAACACAAAUUUCAAACUGAAGCAAUGCUCCACAGCGUAGGAAAUGUGCUUCGAAAGUCGAGGGGACAAUCUCAUGAGUGAUGCGUGCGUGCUUAGAAAGGAAGAAAAUACUCGGAGUAUUUCAAUUGGAAAUGUGGCAAUGCGUGGAUGAACAAUAUAAAAUAUGUAAAAUAAGAAUUUGUACAAACAUGCAUAUAUCUAUAUGCAUACCUAUUACUAUAUAAUUAUUGUUGUCAUCUACAUUAUCAUUUAUUAACACUAGAACGACGGUCAUGCCACCUUUAACGAUAUUGGUGAAAAGGAUGAUAUCUAUGUUGCGAAUUCAUAUCUGUAGCAAUGAGUUUUUAUGCUUCAACAUUUAUUAAAAUUUAAAAUCUUAUUCUACAACCUAAAAUAAUUUUUAUAUUUUACUAUUAUAAGAAAGGGAGAGAAAAUAUAAUAUUGCAUUCUAGAUAUAAGUUUGCAUCUUAGAUACAAUACAAAUUUUUUGGCCCGCUAUAGCGUUCGUUUUACUCUAGAAAUCGUAAAAUAAACUUUUUUAUCGGUGGUAACAGCACUAGAGGGAUAUUGAUCGAGUCUGUAGAAAGAUUGCCGUUGACCAUCUAACAUAGUCAACACGUUUCCGAAUGGAGCCGGACGAAAAAUGUCGUGUGCAUCAAGGGCGAAGGGAUAUAAUUUCACUCCUGUGAACGCUCUCCUUGCGUCACACGUGUGGCAAACUUCACACUCGUCAAAAAAACCUCCUUUACGCCCUUGAUGCAUAAUAUGUAUGUUAUUAUGCAAAACCACGUAUAUGCAUACUUUGUAACAGACAUUUUAUGCAGUAACACAUGUACUUUGCUGGAGACUAUUAUUU